AUGUGUACUCCAAAAAGAUGUUUACCAUUAUCUUUUAAUGGUUUUCAUCCAUUGUGUCAUCGUAGUUCUGGGUCAAAACGAAAACAUGGUAACCGAAGAUCAGUCGCAACUAACCCAAUUAAUAUAAAUCAAGUGUCAGAAGAUGAAUUAUUGUUAUUACCUGGUAUUAAUAGAUCAUUAGCAAAAAACAUAAUUGCCUACCGAGAGAAACAUAAUAGUUUUAAAGACAUCGAUGAACUCUUACACGUUGAUGGAAUAACUUCACAUUUAUUUGACGAAAUUUCUAUUGAUUUAAUUGCUAAUUCAUCUGCUAAUUCUUCAUUACAUAAUGGAAACGAACUUAUUGAUCUAAAUUUCGCAUCAUACGAUGAAUUAUGUUCAGUUGCUGGUUUAACAUCAACUCUUGUUAAACGUAUAAUUCAGCAUCGAGAACGAAAAGGAUUUUUUCGUUCCAUUGAAGAUUUACUUAAAAUAAAAGGAAUCAAUCGUGGUGUUUUAGAAGCUAUUCAUCCUUUUCUUAUGAUUGAUCAUGAACAAAUUCGAACAUCUAUCAGUAAUCCUUCGUUGAACAAUCUUCGUUCAAUAAUAAAUCGAAAUGAUGUCAAUACAAAAAAUGCACUUUCAAUUGUUUCACUUCUAUUAGAAACAUUACCAACCGAAUUUCAAACUAAACUUGUCACAUCGCUUUCUACACGCCCAACACGCAUUAUUCAUAAUAGCAACAACGAACAAAAUAGUUUUCGUUUCGCUUCAUGGAAUUUACAAGAAUUAACAAAUGAAAAAGUACAAAAUCCGGGUGUUAGAGAAGUUAUAUGUCGAGUUAUCCUUGAAAAUAAUUUUUCAUUAAUUGGAAUUCAAGAAAUUGGAAGUAAACAAUCGCUUAAUGCUAUUGCACAAGAAUUAAACAGUCCGACUAUUCCAUUAGUUAAAAAUUGGCCGAAUCGUCCUCGUGGAAAUUGGAAAUCUAUUGUCAGUGAUGAUUCUUCUGAAGGAUCUGAAUAUCUUGGAUUUCUAUAUAAUGAAUUAGCUGGUAUUGAAAUAAAAAGAUCUUCGACAUUACCAUUUACAGCUUAUUUUAAUCAAUUACCAAUGAUUGCCAUAUUUCGUCUAUUUAAUAAAUAUGAAUUAGUUUUUGUUAAUAUUCAUUUGAAAACAAAAGGAUUAUAUGAAAAUGGAUGUGAAAAAAAAGAUGAAGCUAGAUCAUUGUCAGUUUUAGCACAAGCUAUGAAAAAUACGAUUGAACAAAAGCAUGUGAUCAUUUUUGGACACUUUGAUAAUGUUCCAACAGCUUCUGAAUUUGAAGCAUUAGCUAAAUGUAAUUAUUCAUAUUUUAUCCAACAAAAUACUGAUAUUAGUUUACAAACACCACAAGGAUCAAGUUGCUUAGAUAAUAUUUGGCUCUCAGAAGAAGCAAAAGCUUUUCAUACAGGAAGUUCAGGGGUCAUUCGUAAUAAUCUCACUAGUGUCUGGAUUCCGGCGGGUUGGACAUGGGGUGGUCUGGUUAGUGGUCAUUGUCCAAUAUGGAUGGAUUUAAAUUUAUCUUAA